AUCGAUCGGUCCUCUCCCUACGCGCGUGUACGACCGACUUCAACCAUCACAAACCCAUAUUAUUAUCUUUUUUUUUUUUGUACUCGUCGACGUUACUACUCGCUAUGUGCCAUUUGCCACAGCAGCGUACGUACUCCACCCCGCACUCUAUCUUUUUUCAAUUUUAUUCUAUCGUUUAGUCCUCUAACUUCGAUAUUAGUUUCAAUCGUCGACAUGAGCGCCAAGUUUGCCGUGCUGGCCGCGUUGUCCCUGUACGCUUGUACGAUUCCCGAGUGCGUUUCUCACGAACACGAACCGGUCAAAACCGCCCUGUUGCAGACCUGGGCCGAAAAACUGUACUUCGAACUUUGGAACUGCGGAGAGUAUAUUACCAAUAGAAAAUCAUUGCAAGCCAAAUACAAUAAGGAAGCAAGAACAGAAAUAAAAAAUGGGCAGAUAUUAGCAGCAAAUAUUUCUAGUGUAAUCAAAUCAAUGAUGGAUAAAAAACAACAAGCACUGAAGAGAAUACUGGAAGCGGUCGAAGGAGCUGCAUAUACGGCUCACAACCAACCAGCUCCUGGUGAAGAGUAUAAAUACCGAAGUGCUAAGCCCGACCCCGAAGCGCCUAAUUCGUCUAUACCUUUGGAACUGAAACAAAGUUCUCAUUUUUACGACAACUCUGUGAAUUUGUCUUACAGCUCUGUACACGUGCCAACUUAUGUUUAUGACAGGGCAUCAGAAGUAAUAAAAGCAAUAAAAUGGUCAGAAAAUUUGGACGACAUAUUCGAUUUCAACUACAGAAAUGAUCCAAGGAUGUCAUGGCAAUAUUUUGGCAGCACAACAGGAUUCAUGCGACAGUAUCCAGCUAUGAAAUGGAAUCAAACUCCUGUGGACUUGUACGACUGUCGAAUGAGACCUUGGUACGUAGAAGCGGCAGCUUGUCCCAAAGACAUACUCAUCCUGGUUGACAACUCUGGAUCUAUGAUGGGUCAAAGUAAAAUAAUCGCCAGACACGUCAUCAAUACACUACUUGAUACGUUAUCCGUUAACGACUACGUUAACGUGCUCGUGUUCAGUAAUGUCACCGAAGAAGUAGUUCCUUGUUAUAAAGACAUGCUUGUGCAAGCGACCCUCGCAAAUAUAAGGGAACUUAAAACGGGUGUCGAGAAUAUUGCUGAACCAAACAACAUAUCGGAUUUCAGUAUAGCGCUGACAGUAGCAUUUCAAACACUAGAAAAAUAUCGCGAAAGAAACAUGGGCGCUAUGUGUAAUCAAGCAAUAAUGCUGGUCACCGACGGCGUACCAGAAAAUUUUUAUUCGCUGUUCAAGUCGUUCAAUUGGCGAGAAGGUACAAAGGGAAUGCCGGUUAGGGUGUUCACGUACCUGAUUGGUCGCGAGGUUCCCGAAAUCAGAGAUGUGAAAUGGAUGGCGUGUGCGAAUCAUGGAUAUUUCGUCCAUUUAAGUACGGUAGAAGAAGUGCGAGAACAAGUGGUGCACUAUCUGCCUGUUAUGGCCAGACCUCUGGUACUGUUACAGAACUAUCAUCCGAUCAUUUGGACGCCACUGUACGCCGACGUGACGGAUCCAAAGAUGACGGACUACCUGUGGGAGCGAGAAGAAUGUCAUCAACAGAGAGAUGACACUUUAAGUUACAAGAGGACGAAAGAUAAAUUCUUCUAUCCAUCAAACCGAGAAAAACGGGAGCGUGUUCGAUUGAAAAAAGAGCAAAAUCAAAACAUGAACAUAAACAGGCAAAAGAGUCAUAAUUUGAUUACAUCACUUGCGAUACCGGCUUACGACAAAAUAACGAAAACCAAUAUCACUGUAAGAAGGCUAGUAAAUGAUAACAUCUGGGUUUGGGAAACACGAGAGACCAAAGUUGCCCAUCUACUUGGUGUCGUGGGAACCGACGUCCCGGAGCCGGACUUGAGAGAAGCAACGACGCCGCAUAUACUUGGUGUCAACAACUACGCGUUUAUCGUUACUAACAACGGUUUCAUAGUCACUCAUCCAGACCUCAGGCCAGUGUUUGGGAGCAUUUUGAAACCAAAUUACAAUAGUAUAGACAUGACCGAAGUAGAACUGGUCGAAUCCGACUUGGAGCCAAGAACAUUUCACCAAGAUUUACUGACACUCCGUGAUUACAUCAUCAACCAAACGACCGGCGACCAAGAACUUUCAGUAAAAUACCACUACGACAAUAUUAGAAGAGCUACGACCGCGAGCAGACAUUAUUAUUACUCGGUUGUAGAAGGUACGCCGUUUACGGUUGUUGUGGCUUUACAAGAGAAACAUUUUGGUCACAGAGUCAAAAUACCUGAAAGAUAUCAAAACUUAAAUGCCACAAGAUUGUCGCUUGCAGAUUAUUUCAAGGACGACGAUUGGAGGAUUCAUCCAGACUGGCUUUACUGCCGGUACGAGUACGACCGAGAUAAUAAGCUCAGCAAGGAAGAGGAGCUCAGACAUUUUCUAUCGCGCAUUAGUGCGAGAAGCAAUAUUUGGAACAAAUGGCCGCCGCCAAGGUUCUAUAGCGAAUCCUACUACUCAAAUGGGACGAAAAAGCCCGAAGAAAAACACGAGUGCAAAUGUUAUUGCAACAAAGAUCUUAUGUUAAGUUUGAUAUACGACGCUGACAUGACUAAAGGCAUAUUUACAGAGUCCAAAAAUGAUACAGAGAAAAAGAAAAAUCCGGCGGCCGUCUUGAUGAGUCUUUUGCCAAGAAACGAAUUCGAAAAAAGAUUCGGCGUCACGCUGGCUUUCGUGGCCACUCAUAGCGGACUCACAAGGUGGAUGGGCUACGAGCAGAAACCGAAAUCGCCACAGCCAAAGUUCAUCCAAGAAAACGUACACUCCAUCGAAGAAGUGUGGUACAGGCGAGCGGUCGAGUACAAUUCGGUGUACGACGAGAGCUAUGUGUAUUCCGUGCCUUUCGAAAUCGAAGACCACAAAUCUACGCUGGUUACAGCCAGCCAAGCAGUGUUCGUCGCGAGCAAGGAAUACAAGAACAAGAAAGCCGCCGCCGCCGUAGUGGGAUACCAGUUCAGGCAUUCGGCGCUCCAAGAAUUAUUCACCAACAUAACGAGUCAGUGUUUUUCGGAGAACGGGUGUACGCCAAAAAACACGUGUCUGUCCGAAGAACAAGACUGUUUCAUAUUGGACAAUAACGGAUACGUAUUGGCGUCGGAACAUGUAAAAGAGACUGGUUUGUUUUUUGGUAAAAUCAACGGAGUCGUAAUGAACAUGAUGGUGGCUGAAAAGAUUUACAAAGAAAUCCGCAUUUACGACUACCAAGGGGUAUGCUUUAAUCGGGAAAACGAAGGCGACGCCAGCAGUUCAUCGUUCCUAUACACCCCGAUACAUCACUUGCGACAAAUGAUCGGAUGGCUGAUCGGACGCGUACUGUGGAUAGCAGCUCACACGAAUUAUCAAUGGAUGUUGUCUCAGGCGCAGGCCAUAUUUGAACACAUACCAGACUACCAGGAAGACGAAGAGAGCAACUACAGUUCGGAGACUUUGAAUAGUUUCAAAAUCGAAGGAGAAAAAGCGCUUAAGUACGUUAUGAUCAAUCGGACACGACCAAAAACGUGCGAUCGCGUUGUCAAUUUGUACACGCUUACCUCAAAGAUACCCGAACGAGUGGAACGCAAUUCCAUGUGUGACAGACCUUACGAAGUUCGAAAAAUAAUGAACACAAACCUAAUACUGUUGGUGGUGAAUGCUGUAUGUCUGGGGAAUAUGCAGCCAGCCAACUUUGAUACCAUACCUCAAGAAGUUCCUUAUUCAAACAUUUCGUUAAGUUGCCAAAAAGCCAUCUACAGUCUACCACGGUGUAGGCCCAAAAUGAACUGCAUUCGAUCACAUCACCAAGAGCACGAGAUUUACGACAAAAUGUGCGGUACGGGUAAUUUAAUUGCGCCCACAUCAAUGUUAAUCAUUCUAAUUUUUACAAUCAAUUUUUUAUAAUUCCUUUUUUAGUCUUAAAUUAAAAUCAAAAUCUCUAUCUUUGUUUUUACAUUAGAUAACUUUAAUAUCAACAGAGUUAUCUGAUCCGAUAUCAAGUUUGUCGGCUAU